GUGACAACAGCAGCAGCUGGUAAGGAAGCAGCAGCAGCAGGAGGAGGUGGAGGCUAGGCUGGCGCUAAAGCGGGGCACUCCGGGGGAAAUGGACAGCGUUUAGGUCAGAACGGUUUUCUGCAAACCAGGGGAGACCUCAGUGAGUCAUGGAGGACGACGGCAGCUUCAUAGAGUUUGAUGUGCCAGAGUUCAGCAACACUGUCCUUAAGCAGCUCAAUGAGCUGCGGCUCCAGGGUAAGCUCUGCGAUAUUAUUGUGCACAUCCAGGGCCAACCAUUCCAGGCACACAAAGCUGUGCUGGCUGCCAGUUCACCGUACUUCCGUGACCACUCCUCCCUCGGCACCAUGAGUGGGCUCUCCAUUUCAGUGAUCAAGAAUCCUGCAGUUUUUGAGCAGCUAUUGACUUUUUGUUACACGGGACACAUGGAGCUGCAUCUGCGUGAUGUUGUUAGCUUCCUCACGGCUGCCAGCUUCCUGCAAAUGCAGGCGGUCAUUGACAAAUGUACACAGAUACUGGAGGGCCUCCACUCAAAGAUCAGUCUGCCUGUGAUUUCUGGCCGAGCAGAAGCUGAAGACGACCUUGAUUCUAGAGCUGGACACAAUGGGGCAAAAGAGGCAGGUAUUUUUUUGAAUCCUACUCAGAUUUCCCCCUCCUAUUACCCUAGGAAAAGCCAUCGCAUAGAAGCAAGUGGAGGUGGAAAAGGGUUUGCACACUUGGCAGAGGAAGGGCAGUCAGAUCGAGGGAGCGAUUGUGCUUCAGAACAGGAGGCAUCCAUGGAAGCAGAACCUGAUCAAGUGGACUUGAUUGAGAAGAAUGGGCAAGUCUCUGACAUUCACAUCAAGCUGGAAAAAACGGAGCGGCCCAGUUACUCAGACAGCUCAUCAGCAGGAGACGAUAGCCACCACACAGAACUGGUGGAUGGUGAGCAAGUUCUAGCCGUGACCGUAGGACCUUAUGGGCCAGUGCCCCCCGCUACUCAGUACACCUAUUCAGCACUACCUUCAUCUUGCUUUGUCGGCAUCAGUCCAUCCAGUCCCUCUCAGUCGAUUCUCAGUGGAUUUCGAGGUAGUCGCACCAGAUCUAAGCGGAAUAUGCCAAUUGCGGCUGAUGUACUUUCUCAGCCUAAGCCAGGUACAGAGGAUGGAGAGGGAAUAGCAUCAGGAGUUGUUUUUGAGAAUGACGUGAGGGAACGGGGUCUCCGUGGCCAUUGGUAUCCGUUCAACGAGCGCCUUGUGUGUGUCUACUGUGGCAAGUCCUUCAACCAGAAAGGCAGCCUGGACCGCCACAUGCGUUUGCAUAUGGGCAUUACUCCUUUUGUCUGCAAGUACUGUGGCAAGAAGUACACGCGCAAAGACCAACUAGAGUAUCACAUCCGUGGCCACACAGACAAUAAGCCCUUCAACUGCCAGAUUUGUGGCAAGUGCUUCCCUUUUCAGGGCACCCUCAACCAGCACUUGCGUAAGAAGCACAUGGGUUCCAGCGUCGAGAUGAACAACCACACAGGCCCACCAGGGGAUGCUACAGAUGGCCAGCGAGGGGCACCAGUGGAGGUCUCAGAGAAUGUCUACAGCGAUGUCUGUAACGAUGAUGGGUCUGCAAAAACCGCAAGCAGAGAGAGUGUAAAGUGCAGUGCCGAAGAACCCCCUGGGUCCGGAUGCGAUUAUUAAGAAGGAUUGUAAUGAGUUUUGUUCUGUGAUGUGCAACAUUUAAAGGUUGACCAUUUCAGUAGAAGUGGAUGUUGAACCUGCCUUGCACAUCUUUCUACUUGGGAAUUUUUGCGAUCUGGUUUAAGAAGAGAGAACAUUCUCAACAAGCAAGUUUUUCAAAGGUGUGGGGAAUUGUAGUCAGGGAGAAGGAUUGAGUGGGACGUCUCAAUAAUUAAGGCCUUUAAAGAUUUUUUUUUAAAAUGUUUUUAUCGAUAAAUAUUUCCAUGUUUCUAAGUAUAGAGUAAUAUAGGCAUGUUGCAAUAAUGAAUAAUGUGAAAGCUCAGUUAAGAUGCUUGUCAUAUCAUGCUUUUACCUGACCCAUUUUUGCACAUUUGGUCUCAAGUAGGCCAGUAACUCACAAGGAUUGGUUUUACCUAUCAGUGCAAAAGCUCUGUGACACAUCUGUUCAAUACCUCAUCAUACAAUGUAACAUAUUCACAAUAAGGCAGUAUUGUCAAAGUUUAUUCAGCUCCAACCGGGUUCUACCUCAGUCCAGAACCUGAAGGGAAGUGAAGAAGCAUCUUGUUUUAAAAGGUUUCAGUUGCUUUACCUAGCAAUCUUGGCACAACACAUUUUCACUACACAAAGCCUUGGUACUAAAGUGAACUCUUUAGGUCUGUAUGAAAUCCAAACCGCUGCCAUUGGAUUUGUGCAAAAUGCUCUAUAUGGUGGGGGGGGGUUGCUUGUUUUUUGAGAGGGUGUUUUUUUUUUUUUUUAAGUAGUUGUUAUGGGUAAGGUUAGGUUAUAGUCUGCCUACUCUCUGCAGCAUUAAGGAUGGGGAGUUAGACACCAGAUAUUCGGCAGAUACAGAUUGUAUUGUUACUUACAGUUUGGAUCUACAGUAGCAAGUAAUAAUCAAACAUCACGGACUAUAAAGCAAGAAAACCCAUUGUUUUUCAAUAUUUAGAGAUUUUAAUACAAGAAAGUUAGUAUAUUUAAAAAGUCAGAGCUUUUUCUCCUUGCAGUAUUUAUUUGCUGCUUGUUGGUUUUCUAAGACUUGUGUUGGACCACGUUUUCCACUAUGAAAAAGCUUGAUGUCCAGAAACACAUUUGAGCAGUGCAAGUAUAAUCUCAGUGCUGAAACUCGUGCUGAAAAUCCUCAACACGAAACAAGCAUGAAAUACAUUUUUGAUUAGUGUAAGAUGAUUGUCAGUAUGUUACUUGUUUCAAAGCUAAUAAAUUGUAUGUGUAGCUUUACACAGUUCUGAUGAGAUGCAUCAGCCAGUUUGGGGAUGAAAUGUCUUUUGUUGCCUUUAAAGCUUCCUUUUUUCUACAUAGGAAAAUUUAUUCUACAUAAGAAAUACUCGCUGGAGGAUGUGGAGGAAAUUUUGAAUUCUGUUGGUGUAGUCUAAACUAAUAAUCUUUGUGAAGAUAUUAACUACAUAAACCUUAAAAUGUAUUGAAAUAUCAAUGUUGUAUAAGCAGCAUUUGGAUAAGCUUGAUCCAGAAAGGUUGGAUGAUGCUAAUCUCAAGAAAACCGUAAGUGGACAUCCUGCUUCCAUUGUCAAGGUGGCAAAGUCUACCAAAUUAUCGCCAAGAGAACUUUAAAAAAAAAAAAAAGGCAGCAGGAAUAUCAGCACUAUAAGCAAAAAUUCUUAAGCUGAAAAUUGAGUCAGUACCUUUUUUGGUAAAACAAGAAUAUGAGCACUGUAUACAAGUAAAUGCUAACAAUUUUCAUUUAUGAUUCAAAUUUUUAGACAUAAGUAUUUGUUUGAGCUUGAAAUAUUCCUAGAAUCAAUUCUGUAAAUGUGUUUGACUUACAGUGAGGAGAAAUAAUCUGUAAACCUUUUGUUGGGGAGAUGACAGUUUGAUCUCUUCAGGCCAAAAUAAGUAAUAGUCAUACUGUUCCAAGUUGGUUUACUUUGGCUUCUGACAGUGUUCUUAAAGAAAAAAAAGAAAGUGUAAUUGAUGAAUAUUCGACUUUGAAGGCACAUAAGUUUUCAUCCCCAUGAAUGAACCUUUGUGGAGAGCACAGUUUAUGUACUCUGCAUGACUAUACGGUUUUAUGUCUUCACUGGCCAACAUUAGAUAAUGGUAUUUGUUCUAAUCACCAUAGUCUCCCAUUAAAGUUCUUUAAUGUGUAGAAUAUGCAGACUUCCAUUACAAGUCAGGUGAAAAAGUUUACCCUUGACAAUCGCUGGAAAAUUUUUCUAACUGUUUUGGAAAACGGUGGUGCAUAAUGCUCUAUUUGUACUCUUCAAAAUUGUCACUGGAAACUUUCGUGCUCUUUGCUCUGAGAGACACUUGUGCAGAUUGCUUCAGGGCCACCACGCCUGCUUAACAGAUACCACUUGUGCUCGGCCUUUGCUUUUGAAAGCCCCUUAUUGAAGAUCAUGGCACUUAAUUUGAAAUAAUGAUUAGCCUGUGUCUACAGUAUUGUCAAGUUUACAUUUUUCUUGAUUUUACAGUUAACAUACAGCAUCUUCCCUUGACCAAAGCAGAUGGUUUCAUGGUUUAUUUACUAAUGGUGGUGCUUUUUUUUUUUUUUUUUGGGGGGGGGUCUUUUUUUUUCUGAACACGGCUGGUUAUUUAAAUCAGUUUGUCCUUGUAUUUGUAUAUUUUUUUUAUUUUUUUUUAUAUUGUGAGUACUUUUCAAGGAAACUGUCAAACCCUUUGUCUUAAGGUUUAUCUAAGGUGAGAUUUCACACUGAGAAGUAGCAGUGCUUCAUAGAAUUCUUUGGAGGUUCUGUUCUCUUAAUUUAAAAAAAAAAAAUUUAGGGUUUUGUUUUUUGUCCCCCCCCAAUCAAAAAUCAGUCAAAAGGUUUGCAAGCAGGUAUAAACUGACUAUAGUUUCGUUUCUGUGCUGAAAAUGACAGGUUGCAGUCAGUAGUGAUCCUCUGGUCCCUGUAACAGAUGAGGUACAGUCAAUUAUGUAUACCUACCAUAAGAUAUAUACAUGUGCCUACAGCCAUUGUUCUGGUGAAAAUGAUGGUUUUGAUUGGUUAGAUCACAUGUAGAAAAGAGAUUAGAUUAUGUCUGCCUAACAGUUAAUGCAAUAUUGGCCACUAACCAAAGAGCAAACCAAAAAUAUGUAGUGAUGGUUAUAUACACCGCACAGCUGAGUGUUGAGAGCAAACCCAAAUCCCCCAACUAACGAGAAAUCAUGAAACUAUUUUCCAGCCAAACACCCAUGGGGCACCAGUACUACAGUUCUUGCUAUGAUUUUUAUUUAUUUAUUUUGUCCUUUCUCUAACCGUGUAUGAACAAAAAAAUCUGCUUAACUGCAGGUAAGGCAAGUGUGACUUAAGCCAUAAAUACGUGAUAGUGGUAGAAUAACUGGAGGUUUUCAUUUCUUUGAACAAGUGAUUUUGAAACGUCAGUUCUUAUUGAAGAAUCUGUAUUAGGAUUGAAUCUGUGCCUUGCCACAAGAAAUGCUAAUUUACAGGACAGAUCCAUUUUUUUGCAUCAAUUGGUUCAUUUUGGUUUAUAUGUAUUUAUCAAGCAGUUAACAACACUUAACAUCACUUGUCAGGGUUCUCGCUUUGUAAAUGCGUAUAAGUUUUUACCUGUUUCUUUGUGUGUUAUACUAUGGAGUUAAGAAGUUAAAUGCAGUAGCAGAGGUUUUGCAUUAAUAAAUGUAAUAUGCAGUUUUGACUGAAGAGAUUGUAGCAGGUCAUAAAGGGACAAUCAGACGGCUUCAUACACGAGAAGCUACCUCUUGAAAUAAGUGAAUUGUACCUUCAACUAUUGAAUUUAACUUUUAAUUACAUCUUGGUAGAAUGAAUCUUUUUCAUUGUCAGCCACUCUGCAGUUUAAUAUUGAAGUGCAUGCUAGACCACUUGUAGAUGUAGAAAUGUACUGCAUGGUGGUUACCACAGCUAUAACAAAAAGCGAAAUGGGGAUCUGUGUUUGUUUUUGUUUUAAACUUUUUUUUUUUUGUCUGGCAUGCACUUAAGAUGAAUUAUUUUUAUUUUUUUUAUGUAAUCAAGAUAUUCUACAUUGAGGGGACUAGCUUACCAUAUUUUACCCCUCUUGGGACUCAAAUAUAAGGCCUCAAAAUAUUUCACUUAUAGGGGGUUUUAACCUUUUUAAUGGUGCUUUUAGACUGGUCAGGUGUAUUUGCUUUUAUAUACUAAUGUGUACAUAAGGGAAUUGGUGGUGAUUUUUAAAUAUGGUUGAGUAUAACAAGAUUAUCAUCAGUUCAUUUUGACAGGAUAACUGUUCAGUUUAUGUUCAAACCACAGAAGGGCGAGGCAGUUACUAUGAACUGUGAGCAAGAAAGAAGGGCGGGUUCACAAGAAUAGCUAUAGGACUACUUUAAGAAUUUACAGCUUGUCCUUAUAUAAAAGCUGACUUGCUUCAGGUAGUUUAUGAACACUGAUAUUAGUUAUAAAGUCUUCCAUUGCUUCUCUGCUUCCAACAUGUCACCACUGUGUAAUAUGCAAAAGCAAUAUCCUUUUUGAAGCAGUUUGGCACAGCGGUCUGUUGCACAUUACAGAAGUAUCCUGUUUCAAAGUGAUAUCAGGGAGCCGCCGAGGAGAAGGAUGAGGACUAACAGACUUGUGAACAUUUGGAUACAUUGUGUGAAAAUGCUUCAAAGUUUGGCUUCUUUGUUUACUACAGUUCAUAGGCCAUGUAUCAGCUGAAGGCUAUGAGUUUCUGAGCCUCAUGGAUAUUUUGUGUAUUUGUCUACGUUUGUACUCCAUUCAUUCGUCUAUCAGUUCAGUGCUGUAUCUGUAUCAAAUAUGAAAAGCAUCCAGGGAGGGAUAUGCUGCUUCCUUGAGAGCCACAAAGAUCUCUUCCACAUCCUCAUGUACUGGGACUGCAAAUUAAAACCAUGAGAGCUUGAACACACCAGACUGGAAGUAACAAGUAUGUCUUAUUGAAGGAUUUCUGCUAUCAAACAGUCCCUAGAAUUCUAUAUGCUUCUAGUUCUCAUGCAUUCUGUGAUAAGGCAAAAAAAAAAAAAAACUACAACUCAGGGUUUACAAGUAUUCAGCUAUGGCCACUUUGGACAUGCAAUGCAUUUUGUAUGUUCAGGUUAAUCAUGCACUUUUACUUCAGGUUGGGGAAGCAAGUCCUCAGUCAGUGGUUCCCUCCCCCCAAACAAAAAACAAAAACGUCUGCCUCAUGGGUGUCUGUAAAACACCCACUUUUUUUUUUUUCUUCCCCAUUUGUUGCUUUGUGUCCAUGGGAUGAGCACAGGGCUUUCGCUUUGAGGAAACGCUGGAGAUCUUUGAGCUCUUUCCAUGGAAGUAUCUCUCUGUAAUCCACUAGAUUUAACAACCUCACAAACCCUACUGUGAACCUCAGAAAUUCUACUGUUUUAUACAAUUAUGAAGUACAUUAAAGCUAGCUGGUGCCAAUGCUGUAAAGGUUAACUCGCCAUUUCUGAAUUUUGUUUCAUAGCAUGAAAUAUUUAUUCAAAUGAUAUAUUUUGCUCAUAAUCAUUCUGUGCUGCUUUUUAUUUUAUAGAGCUUGUAAAUUGCUUUUUUAUGAUCUAUAAAUGACAAUAGAUGCACAAAAUGUAUUUGUUUGUAAAAUAAAGAUGCUGAUUUGGCAAA